AUGAGGAUACUAUGGAAAGCUGCCAUUUACAGGGGUCUCACAAUUCUUCUUCAGAAAGGCACAUUGGAUGUAGAGAUUGAAACUGAUGCCAUUCAAGCCAUCAAGCUAAUCCAAGAUGGACCAAGCCAUCACUCUCCCUAUAAAGCCCUCAUAGAAGAUACCAAGUUCUUAAUGUCAAGAUGCAAGUGUGCACUGAGUCACACACUAAGGGAAGGAAGCAGAGUUGCUGAUCGUUUGGCAAAUAUAGGAGUGGCACAAGAUGAACAUGUGGUGAUUCUGGAGGAUCCCCUAGAAACUGUAACAGCUUUGGUCAUAAAAGAUAUGACUGGAGUUCACUUUGAGAGGGACUAG